AUGCUAAGCACAACUGCGCUAAAUUCUGUUGCACCUGCUUCCAAGACUCUUGAUGCUGACUUAGAGACUGAUGAGGAUGGUAGUGAUGAGGCCGAUGAGACUGACGAUGAGGCAUUAUUCGAUGAUUUUGCGGGCGCGGAUACGUCCGAUCCGAUCAUUAGUAGGGAUAUUUCAGGCCAAAAUCCAUCCGGUCGAACUACCUGCUUAUCCAACUUGCUACCUUCUAUGCAGCGUGGUUAUGGUUCAGGUGCGAUUCCAUGCCGUCUCUGUGAUCUCCCAAUGGCGUACAGCGCAUCCAUAGUCACCGGACGGCAUCGACUCCUGGUCAGUUAG